AUGUCAUCGUCUUUAGCUUCCCUAAGGAUGCUGCUUCUGGCAAUUACUUUUCUCCUUCUACUUCAGCUGACCUCUGCUCAAUCAAAUACAACUACAGUCGCCUUCAAUGGAACCUCAAUGCGCGAACAGAUUAUGGAUUAUCUCUUUGAGAAUUAUCAAAGCCACGAACGACCAGGAGCGGCUAAUAAAGAACCUUCGGUUGUCAUUGUCUACAUCACUGUAACAGCUAUCACAUCAGUGGAUGUGCGAAUGAUGGAGUACACUGCAGACAUGAUGCUGCGCCAGGAGUGGAGAGAUCCACGUCUGGCUUGGGAUAGGCAUCCAGUAUUUAAAAAAUUUACAAAAAAUCUUGUUUCGCCUGAAUUAAAGGGAAAACUUUGGCUACCUGAUCUCUUCUUUAGAAAUGGCAAAGAGGGUCGUUUGCACAAAAUGACCCUACCCAACUACCUAACACGAAUUUCACCAGAUGGAAAUAUCCUUUACAGCCAGAAGAUCACUAUGCGUUUCUCCUGUCAAAUGGAUUUAGCCAACUUUCCCAUGGAUAGCCAGGACUGUACUAUGAAUAUUGGAAGCUAUGGUUACGAGUAUUCAGAGCUUCAAUUUGUUUGGCGGAAUGAUACACCAAUCUCAAUGUCACCUGGAAUGCAGAUUUCGGAGUUUAACAGUCCGGAGAAUGUGAUUUCCUAUGAUUGUAGUGCCGAGUCGUCUACAUCGACAGGAAAUUACACAUGCCUAGAAAUUCGUUUCACAUUGACUCGUGAACUCGGUUCCUGGCUUUCCAGUGUCUAUAUCCCCAAUUUCCUAAUUAUAGUCGCUUCGUGGCAUAGUUUUUGGGUGGAUUUAGAUGCGAAACCAGCUAGAGUUACCCUGGGAUUACUGACUCUUCUUAGCAUCCUCACACAGGCUUCUGGAGUUGCAUCCAGUCUUCCACGAGUGUCGUACAUUAAAGCAAUUGAUGUAUGGAAUAUCGCAUGCAUAAUUUUCGAUGUUGGCGUAUUAAUUGAAUUCACUGUUGCUUCUCACGUGGCGAGACGUAUCAAGACCGAGGACUGGAAGGAUGAUGUUCGCAAUGCGGUGCGUCAUGAGUUAUCGCGAUGGUGUGCCACCUGUCAACAGGUGUUUUAUCAACGUGGGCCUUCAGCCUCGGGUAUCUACUUAUCCGCAGCAGGAUUUUCCGAGGCCAGUCCACGAAAAUUCAUUGAUUCGGCUAAUGCCACUGCAUUGGCUUUGAAAAGAGGAAAAUUGGAGUUCUGCGAGGAGAUGGAACGCAUUCUCAUUGAAGUCUUUUUACCCGAAGAGAUGAGUAAAUCCAAGAUCUUCCCUGCGGACAUUGGGCAAAGUAAAGCGGAGCUUCAACAAAAUAUGAUAAUGACGGAUGCGUUGAAUGCUGCACUGCUGCCAUCGGAAGAAUGGCGUGAUUUUCCUGUGCCUAAGAGUGAUGAACUACCGACACGGAAACCGAAAAAGAUAUCUGAAAUUGACGGCUACAGUCGUUUUCUCUUUCCUGCCUGUUUUCUCCUCUACAACUGCUUCUAUUGGCUAUAUUACCUUGUGCUGGUACAUAAAAUGUAA